GAUUAAGAGUAAAUGUUUACUUAUAAAUUUACUAGCAUCGGAAAUCGGUCGAAACAGGUGCGAUUUUUUAGAAUAAAGCCUUUUUUCUGACUUGAUCGGAAAGUAAAGUGCUUGGUCUAAUUGGAAGUGUUUGUAUUUGUGUGAGUGGUAAAUUCAUGCAAAAGAAUACCAAGUAUAAGUGUGUGCGUGUUAAACCUGAUGUUAACAGUUGCGUUGCUUUCGGUGUUUACGUCUUGUGUGUACGCUGAAGCUGAAGAACAAACGGGAUAAAGGUGAAAGAAGAUAGAAAAAUACACGUUUUGCUUCAUUUUCUACUUCGCUAUACACGGCGAGUCAAUGAUCUUGUGCAGGAGAAAUAACAAUUAAAUCAAAAGCGUUCAAUACAAGCGCAAAUCGACUGUAAAAGUUUUCUUUUUUUUUGUUUAAUGAAUGAAUGAAGAGAAAAGCAGGAAAAAAAAAAAUCAGUGCAUUCUUGUGUUAUUAUCGCGUGGCAGUGGAAAGGAAGAAUACUAUUAUGGUUUGCAGUUUAGCGAAUUGAAGCAUCUUCAGUAUAGUGCCAUUGGAUACAGAAACGAAGAAGAAGCUUAACAACCGCGGGCGGCAACCAUCUGUUUGUUCUCUGGAGCUGAUAAGAAAUUGAUUAAACAAAGUUAAGGAAAGAUUCUUCCGGAAUACUUAUCUGGAGCAAGUUUGUUGCUAUUUUUGCCGUUAUACCUAUGCCGUGUCGAUCUCAUCACGAUGACAUAAUUCUUCGACAAUUUAAAAAGCCAUUCGAACUACGAGCGUAAAAUGAAGCUACCGGCAACACGAAUAGCAUCGUUGGCACUGUUAGUCGUUCAAGUAAUAUCCUUUUGGCGAUGUGUCAGCGGUUACAUGGUCAUUGUUGGUGAAAAUGACGAAUCGGAUAGAAUAGUGUUUAACGCUUCCGUUUAUAAACUAGGAUCUGAAAGGCACUACAAAAUUAACACACAUAAAUCUGCACAUUUUGUUCACCAUUUGCUCAAAGUAGAUCCGCACAGCGGACAAAUUCGUCUGAGAAAACGACUGACAUGCGAUGGAAUUUACUACCCUAACUUGUUUACAUUUUACGUAGACUCUACCUCAAAUAGGCUUCGAAGUAUAGAUUAUUAUAGCUUGCCAUUGCGAAUAUUUAUCGCUGGGACCAAUUGUACAGACGAUGCCGUAGCAGAAAGUUUUAGACAUUUUUUCGAAGAAGAUGAUACUGGAUAUAACAGAAGACGCAAGCGAACCAUCGAAGAAAACUACUAUCGCCUGUACGGUGAAUACAUGGGUAGUAAUCUCCACAAUUACUACCUUGAAUAUCCAUGGUUGAAGAGAUCGAUUACCAACUACACUUCCUUCCAAGAUGGCGAUAUCCUGUUCGACAGCACAGAAAGGAACGCUUACCGCCAUAAUAUUAUAGUCCGCAAAAAGCGUGGUCUAGUGGAACCGUCCGACCAACGCAUACAUCGUAAGAUCAACGAUGCACGGCAAUGGAUUUCGGAAACCUAUGCUUCCUACGCUAUUCACACAACAGACAAAUGGAAUAAAAUUUGUCUCAAAAAGUCUCAGUACAUCAAUUCAAUAAAUUCAUUUUUACCGAAAACUGUUCUUCAAUAUUGCACAGUCAAAUAUUUGGACGUGAACGAUGAACGUUUCAAAAUUGAACCGCAAUCAGGUGACUUGGUAGCCAGCGAUGACCUAUGCAUAGCGGAGUCGUUAUGGAAAGUAGCCAUUACUUUCAAUGUUAGAUGUAAUCGCAAAGACAUAAUAGAUGCAGAUCAUCGUCUAAAAAUUGUCUACCAUCAUCAGGAGUUGAAUGAUACGGACAUUGCGAAACGUGUCAAGCGUGAACUGCGAAAUCAAAGUCCAUAUUUCGAGCAAGCACUUUACGUAGCAUCCUGUACUGAAGAGCAACCUCCUGGAGCGACUGUCACCACUGUUCGGGCACGUGAUCCGGAAGAUUCGCCUGUUGUUUACUCCAUGAUUUCAUUGUUAGAUUCACGCUCGCAAUCCAUGUUCAAAGUUGAUUCAAGAACUGGUAUAGUAACAACAGCAGCGAGUCUCGAUCGAGAAUUAAUGGAUGUCCAUUACUUCCGUGUGGUUGCAACUGAUGACAGUUUUCCGCCACGAUCCGGCACAACUACGCUUCAGGUGAAUGUUCUAGAUUGCAAUGAUCAUACUCCUACUUUCGAAUCCGAGGAAUUUCAAGCUAGCAUUCGAGAAGGAACAAGUGUUGGAUCUACGGUAAUUACCAUCAGAGCAACCGAUCAGGAUAUCGGUAAAAAUGCAGAUAUUGAAUACUCAAUUGUUAGUAUCAGCGGCGAUGGUGCUACGACAGCUGAACAGGACGAACAAACAUUCCGUAUCGAUGCACGAAGUGGUACAAUAUCUACGCGCAGUGCUUUGGAUCGUGAAACAUCGGAAAUGUACACGAUUAUCACAACAGCAACUGAUAUGGCAACACCUCAAAUGGAACGACGAUCUGCAACUGCAACAGUUUUGGUGAAAGUUCUCGACGACAAUGAUAACUAUCCACAAUUUAGUGAAAGGACGUACACGGUGCAAGUUAGUGAGGACGAAUGGACGAACGAAAAUAAUGUUAUUGCACACAUUCAAGCUACGGAUGCGGAUCAAGGAAAUAAUGCUGCCAUAAGGUAUGCAAUCAUCGGUGGAAAUACGCAAUCGCAGUUUUCGAUAGACUCGAUGAGUGGUGAUGUAUCGCUUGUGAAACCGCUGGAUUAUGAAAGCGUUAGAAGUUAUCGAUUAGUUAUAAGAGCUCAGGAUGGUGGUAGUCCUUCACGUAGUAACACAACGCAACUUCUAGUGAAUGUCCUUGAUGCCAACGAUAACGCACCACGUUUCUACACAUCCCAAUUUCAAGAAGCAGUACUGGAGAGCGUCCCUGUUGGUUACAAUAUAGUACGGGUUCAAGCAUAUGAUUCUGACGAAGGAACUAAUUCAGAAAUCUCGUAUAACAUACAAGACAGAGAUGAUAAUUUACCGCUUGCUGUAGACUCCCGCACAGGAUGGAUUCAUACCACAAAGUCAUUGGAUCGCGAAGAACAAAGUAGAUAUAGUUUUCAGGUGAUUGCCAUGGACGGUGGAAUUCCACCCAAAUCGGCUAGCACGUCAGUUGUCGUCACAAUACAAGACGUCAACGAUAAUGAUCCGAAGUUUAGCCCGACAUACUACGAGGCCACUAUUGCAGAGGAUCAACCGCCUGGUACUCCCGUCACUACGGUUACUGCUACUGAUCCUGAUGAAGAUUCCCGACUACAUUAUGAAAUUACAGCAGGUAAUACGAGAGGCAGAUUCUCUAUAACGUCCCAGAACGGCCGUGGAUUGAUAACCAUUGCUCAACCGUUAGAUUACAAACAGGAGCGUAGAUUUGCAUUAACUAUCACUGCCACGGAUAGUGGUCAGCGAACAGAUACGGCUAUUGUCAACAUAAAUAUCACAGAUGCUAACAAUUUUGCACCAGUUUUUGAAAACGCACCAUAUACGGCAUCAGUUUUCGAGGACGCCCCAAUCGGUACCACAGUAUUGGUGGUAUUUGCAGUAGAUAGUGAUGUUGGCGUAAACGCUCAAAUAACAUUUCUUUUGAACGAUGAAUCUGUAAACGGGCUGGGAUCCAACGAACCAUUCAGCAUUAACCCGCAAACAGGGGCUAUCGUAACUAAUGCUCCUUUAGAUCGUGAAACGACAAGUGGAUACUUGCUAACAGUAAUGGCAAAGGAUGGCGGCAAUCCAUCACUAAGUGAUACCACUGAUGUAGAAGUUAGUAUAACAGAUGUAAACGACAAUGCUCCGCAGUUCAAAGUUCCUCUAUAUCAAGCAACGAUACCAGAAGAUGCUCUCAUCGGAACAUCAGUGGUUCAGGUGGCUGCAACAGAUAUUGAUAUGGGAUUAAAUGGUCGCGUAAAAUACACACUCAGCCCUAAAGACAUUGAAGAUGGCUCGUUUAUAGUAGAUCCUACGUCAGGUGUGAUUCGAACUAAUAAAGGGCUAGACAGAGAAAGCAUUGCCGUUUACCACCUUGUGGCAAUAGCAUCGGAUAAAGGAACGCCGACACUUAGUAGUUCUGUUGAAGUGCAAAUUCGUUUGGAUGAUGUAAAUGAUUCUCCACCCACGUUUCCUUCAGACAAGUUAACAUUGUAUGUACCAGAAAAUAGUCCUGUAGGGUCAGUGGUGGGGGAAAUCCAUGCUCACGAUCCGGAUGAGGGUGUAAACGCAAUAGUGCAUUACUCUAUUAUCGGUGGAGAUGAUUCCAAUUCAUUUUCAUUAGUCACAAGACCUGGUUCGGAGCGGGCUCAACUAUUAACUAUGACCGAACUGGACUAUGAAUCGAGUAAAAAACGUUUUGAACUUGUGAUAAGAGCAGCCAGUCCACCAUUGAGAAACGAUGUUCACGUAGAGAUCAUGGUAACGGAUGUGAAUGACAAUGCACCUGUACUUCGUGAUUUCCAAGUAAUAUUCAACAACUUUAGAGAUUGCUUUCCAAGCGGAGUUAUCGGACGAAUCCCGGCUUUCGAUGCAGAUGUCACGGACAAACUGACGUAUCGCAUUUUAUCUGGCAACAACGCAAAUUUGGUUAAAUUGAACAGCUCAUCUGGAGGGUUGACGUUGAGUCCACAAUUGAACACAAAUGUCCCAAAAUUUGCAAUCAUGGAAGUAUCAGUGACAGAUGGAAUUAAUGAGGCCAAAGCAAUCAUGCAGUUGAUCGUACGUCUUGUGACGGAGGAUAUGCUGUUUAAUUCUGUCACCGUUCGGCUAGACGAGAUGACUGAAGAGGCGUUUCUUUCACCAUUGUUGAGCUUCUUCCUAGAUGGAUUGGCGGCCAUUAUUCCCUGUCCCAAGGAGAACAUUUACCUGUUUUCCAUCCAGGAUGACACCGAUGUUAAUUCCAGAAUAUUGAAUGUAAGUUUCUCGGCUCGACGUCCGGAUGUUGCCUUCGAAGAGUAUUACAGUCCACAAUACUUGCAAGAGCGAGUGUAUUUAAAUCGUGCCAUACUGGCUAGAUUGGCAACUGUUCAAGUUUUGCCUUUCGACGAUAACCUUUGCGUUAGAGAACCUUGCUUAAAUUACGAACAAUGUUUAUCGGUGCUGAAAUUUGGCAACGCAUCCGGGUUCAUUCAUAGUGAUACAGUGCUGUUCCGUCCCAUAUAUCCGGUUAAUACGUUUGCAUGUAAAUGUCCAGAAGGGUUCACCGGUAGCAAAGAACACUAUCUUUGUGACACGGAAGUUGAUCUAUGUUAUUCCGAUCCUUGUCAGAAUGGAGGCAGCUGUGUCCGAAGAGAAGGCGGAUAUACAUGUGUUUGCACUGAAUUAUACACAGGAGUUAACUGUGAAACGGAGAUCAAAAGUCUGAAGGCAUGUGCUGCUGAUCAAUGUGGAGAGGGAUUCAGUUGCCUGUCGCACACGUUAAAUACUCCGCACAGCCCAUCGUAUACCAAAACAUGUGAGCUGAUUUCGCGAUCUUUUACGAGAAAUUCAUUUUUAACGUUCACUAGCAUGAAGCAACGACACAGAUUUAACAUUAAACUGAGUUUUGCAACCGUGCGGGACAACGGAUUACUGCUAUACAACGGAAGAUAUAACGAGCAGCACGACUUUAUAGCGCUGGAAAUCAUUAACGGUAGAGUAAUGUUUUCGUUUUCGCUUGGUGACAAAAUUGAAUCGAUCAUGGUGGAUCAGAACAACCGAAUAUCCGAUGGCAACUGGCACUCGGUAGAAGUAAAUUAUUUUAACCGCACGGUAAUGCUUUCCGUAGAUAACUGUGACACUGCCUUGGCAUUGGCUAACCUUGGCCAACGCUGGAACUGCGCAAAUCAAACUACAAUGAUUCUAGAUCGUAGAUGUGGGUCUCUCACCGAGUCAUGUCAUCGUUUCCUAGAUCUAACCGGGCCUCUGCAAAUCGGUGGCUUACCGAAGAUUCCAGCACACUUUCAAAUACAGUCCCAUGAUUUCAUUGGGUGCAUAUCGGAUAUUUACGUUGAUCAUCGAUACGUUGAUCUCAACUCGUUCAUUGCUGACAAUGGUACUAUCGCUGGUUGUCCACAAAAAUCAUCAUCAUGUGCCUCUGAACCGUGCUUUAAUGGUGGCACUUGUCAAGAAGGAUGGGGUGAAGGUUGGGAAUGUGAUUGUCCCGAUGGAUAUACCGGAAAUGCAUGCCAAGAGUCAGUGACAUUGCCGUGGCGUUUUAACGGAGAUGGCAUUUUAAGUUUCAAUCCACUGUUGCGUCCUAUACAACUACCUUGGUUAACUGCGUUAUCGAUCAGAACUAGGCAGAAGGAUGCAUUUUUGAUGCAAGUACAGGUUGGCCAAAAUAGUUCGGCGAUUGUUUCGUUACGAGAUGGCAUCCUGUACUAUACGUACAAUUCGGAGCCGAUGUUUCUUGCCGGAACGAAUCUUGCCGAUGGCAAAUGGCAUAGGAUAGAGAUCAAAUGGCUGGGCACUGAAGUUUCCCUGUCUGUAGACUAUGGUCAACGAACUGGAGUGCUACCCAUGGCUCAGAAAAUACAGGGCCUAUAUGUUGGAAGAAUUGUCAUUGGUGGAUCAGAAAGCAGUAUUGCCGGAUACGGAAAUUAUGGUUAUUAUGAGGGUUGCAUCCAAGAUGUUCGUGUUGGCGGCAGUCAAUCGGUUCUGAAUCGACCGACCAUAAGAGAAAACGUUAUCGACGGAUGUAUGUCUAAUGCCAAAUGUCCUAAUAGCUGUCCAGAACAUUCAACCUGUGUUACGAGUUGGGAUGAAGCACAUUGCGAGUGCACUCAUGGCUAUGUAGGAGGAGAUUGUUUACCAGUAUGCACGGCAAAACCUUGUUCCGACGAUGGACAGUGUCGUGCUGAUAAUCUAGCAAUGAAAGGAUACCGUUGCCAAUGCAACAACAGUGCAAGUUCUGGUGAAUACUGUGAAAUCACAACACAACAGCCUUGUCCUGCUGGAUGGUGGGGAGAGCGUGGUUGUGGACCAUGCAAAUGUAAUUUAAAACAGGGUUACCACCCAGACUGUAACAAGAUGACAGGUCAAUGUUACUGUCGAGAGAAUCACUAUCAAUUAGUAAACGAUACUUCUUGUCUUCCUUGCGAGUGCUACGCUAUUGGAUCGUACGGAAAAUCAUGCAAUAGUUCCGGGCAAUGCGAAUGCCGGGAAGGUGUUAUAGGAAGACGCUGUGAUUCUUGUUCCAACCCGUAUGCAGAAGUGACACUAAACGGUUGUGAAGUAGUUUACGAUGCUUGCCCCAAGUCCUUUUCCGCUGGUCUGUGGUGGUCCCGAACACCGUUUGGUGAAAUUGCUAUCGAAAAUUGUCCUCUGCCAGCUAGAGGGAAGGGUACAAGAAAAUGUGACAUUGGACAUGGAGGAUGGGGUCAACCAGAUAUGUUCAACUGUACAUCUGAACAUUUUUUGGACCUUCGGAAACAGUUGUCGCAGAUUGAAACAGAAGGAUUAGAGUUGAACACAUUCGUUUCGGUGAAAAUUGCUGCUACUCUGCAAAGUGCGACUACUAGCUUUGGACGUGCAAAAGGAGAUCGUAAGGAUUCAAUUCGAAUAUAUGCUCUGGAAUCGUCUUUUACUUCGAAAAACUCGUUAUGGCAGCCGGAUGACUUUGAGUUUGAUUAUUUGAAUGAUAUGCAAAAUGUGAAGCAAAGCAAAAUGUACGGUGCAGAUUUAUUGAUCACUGAACGGUUACUACACGAAUUAAUCAAGUAUGAGACACGGCAAAGUGGUCUGAAUUUAUCUCACAGUCAAGACAAACAUUACAUAAAAAAUUUGGUGGAGAGUGCUGGAGUUAUACUAGAUGUCCAAUACCGGAAUGAAUGGAAACGGCUAACCGAUCUAACUCAAAGAGGUCCAAACGAUCUAGUGGAGGCGUUCAACAAAUAUAUGAUUAUAUUAGGCCGGUCGCAGCACGAUACGUACACGAAUCCGUUCGAAAUAGUUCACGACAAUAUGGCUUAUGGGUUAGACAUCGUAACUGCUGAGUCAUUAUUUGGAUAUGAACCACAAUUGCUGACGGGAUAUAACAAAAAUACCAAAUCUUAUCUUUUCACUACCGAAAGCGUGAUUUUACCCGACACUAGUUCGUUCCUUCAACAUCCGAACAAACAGAAGCAUCCGCUGAUUUCUUUUCCAAAAUACAACAAUUAUAUUCAGGAUAAGACCAAAUUCGACAGGCAUAGCAAGAUAUUGGUUCCAUUGGACAUGCUAGGAAUCACACAGCCUGAUAAAAAUGAAGUAACAAACACGAUCAGUGAUUAUCGGGCAGUUGUCGGAUAUGCACAGUAUAAGGACGCUGGAGCAAUUUUCCCACUUAAUUUUGACGAAACCAUUACUCGCAGAUGGGGAGUUGAUGUACAAAUUGCAAGCCCAGUUAUCUCACUCAAUAUAUUAGUGCCCAGUAACGGCAGAAAAGAUGAAGACAAGAAUAUACAUGAAUACCUGAACUCCCUAGAAAAGACCACAAGCAAAAAAGAAACCGAAUCGUUUUCUACGUCGACGAUACAUGACCACCCAAGCGAGAGACUGACAAAUGAAAUCAAAAUCUCAAUUCAUGACAUGAGCGAACAUGAAAAUUUGGAGAACUUAGAUGAACACCCUGAAAUAGUAAUGAGUAUUGAUGAGAACCCUUUUGAAGUUUCUAACCCACCAGACACAGUGGUAUUAUCAUCUGCAAUUGAUAAUGAAGCCACUUACGGACUGGAUGAAGCAGUGUAUACUAAAAUAAAGAAACGCAGCGUGGCCCAACAAUAUUCCGCUUUUUCGAUUGAUGAAACAAGUUCAGAUAAGCCGAUUGAGUACAAAUCAGUUGGUAGUCCCCAUCUGCCUCAGCCUAUUAAGCUACAAAUGUGGUUACAUAUACCUAAAAAUUGGUUCGGACCUCGCUCUAAUCCUCAGUGCGUACGAUGGAAUUCGCACGUAAAUCUAUGGACUCGGUUGGGCUGCCAGACGGAGAUUCCAGACUUUGACCUACUGCCGUCGAACGAGACCAUACUCAUCAACUGCACUUGCAGUCAAAUAUCGAGCUAUGCCGUACUUGUAGAUGUUAUCGACCCAGAAGACAUUCCAGAACCAUCGCUGUUGGUGCAGAUUACGUCGUACUCUGCGUUCUUGAUCUCACUGCCUGUGCUGUUUGCCGUGAUACUGUCGCUAGCACUGCUGCGUGGUUUACAAACCAAUUCCAAUACCAUCCAUCAGAAUCUACUGUUUUGUAUUUUCAUUGCUGAAAUGCUGUUUUUCAUCGGAAUCCAGGCACGGAGAGAAUUGGUUGAUAAUGAGUUUUCCUGCAAAUUGGUUGCGAUUGUGCUGCAUUAUGCUUGGCUUGCCGCUUUUGCGUGGACCACCGUCGAUUGCGUUCAUUUGUAUCGCAUGUUGACCGAAAUGCGAGAUAUCAACCAUGGUCCAAUGGGAUUCUACUACACGCUCGGAUAUGGGGCCCCAGCACUCCUAGUAGGACUUUCAGUAGGUGUUCGAGUGCAUGAAUAUGGCAACAAUAUGUUUUGCUGGUUGUCAGUCUACGAAUCGGUUAUAUGGUGGCUAGUUGGACCAAUCGUCGUUAUGUCCGUCGUUAAUCUGUUGAUAUUAUUUUUAUCGGUGAAGGCUGCCUUUACAAUAAAGGAUCAUGUCCUGGGAUUUGGAAACCUCCGAACCCUGCUGUGGCUUUCAGUGGUUUCUCUUCCGUUGAUGGGUAUUAUGUGGGUUUUAGCAGUUUUGGCAGCAUCUGAAAGUUCACAAACGCUGAAAGUUCUACUCUCGGCAAUUGUAAUCAUUCAUGCUUUUUUUUCCGUCAUUGGGUAUUGCAUAAUCAAUAAGCGCGUGAGGGAAAAUCUCCAUAGAACAUUUUUAAGAUGUUUGGGGCGAAAAGUACCUUUACUGGAUUCAUCUUUGGCCGUUAGCAGUAGCUCGCAAAACAUUGGCCAAGCACCAAAAACUCCAGGCUUCGCUAGCCAGUACGAAACAGCACGUCGGAAUAUUGGAAUUAGUACGUCUAGCACUACAUCUCGUAGUACAGCCAAAACAAGUUCAAGUCCAUAUAGAAGUGACGGCCAGUUCCGACACACAUCAACAUCCACCUCGAACUACAAUUCCAACAGUGAUGGUGUGCCGUCGUAUAUGCGUGGGUACGAAAGUGGUGGUAUGCGGAAAAUUAAGGAAACCAAUGAUAAUUCACCGAAUUAUCGAAAAGGACGACGCCAUAGGAGAGAUUCCGACUCUGGAAGCGAAACGGAUGGUAGAAGUCUCGAGCUGGCGUCAAGCCAUUCGAGUGACGACGAAGAAUCACGUGUUGGUCGCAAUAGUAGUACGCAUCGUAGCACAGGAGUAUGCUCUACCUCUUAUCUACCAAAUAUCACUGAACAUGUUGCAACAACGCCACCAGAACUGCAUGUUGUACAGAGUCCACAGCUUUUUCCUAAUAUCAACUCUACGAGGUGGUCCAGUCAAGCUCCAGAAUCGUAUCUGCCUGGACCGAAUGUUGGACGUUGGUCACAGGAAACUGGAUCUGAUAAUGAGGUUCAUCCGCACAAUUCCGGAAUUCCAAACGCCUUGCCCAGUCCUGACCUAACUGAUACAUCAUAUUUACACCAAAAUCGGAUGAACAUGCCUCCUUCCAUACUAGAGAAUAUCCAAGAGAGCUAUAAUUACUCUAAUCAAGAUUUAAGAAGUGAUAAAUACAGCAACCAUGGUAGCGAUAAGUAUACAGACGGAUACAGAGAUUAUGAAGGAAAUCACCAGCAUAAUACAUUGCCGUAUAUGUCUGGUGGGGCAGUGAAUCAUCUGUCCGGAUCUACGCAGGUGAUCAAUCACAUGCGUCCAUACAAUCAUGAAAAUCCUUAUGUUCUCAAAGAGUCCAUUUACGAAAGAUCUAGGACAUUAGGUUUUAAAGCCGAAUCGCCUUACAUGUCAAAGGAACGUAUUGAUCCUGACCUAUAUAGUCCUAGAGCCGAUGCACAUGGCUCAUUCAAAUCGAGUGUUCAAUCUCUAUUAAAAAAUGAUUACCAACGACAUAAGCACGGGGCUGAUUCCGAUCGGAUGUCGGAAGGUUCAGACAAAAAUCCAUACAAUUUUCCCUAUACAGCGGAAGAAGAUCAUUCAAGUCACACUACAAUGAGAACGAACGACAUGACGGGUCAAACAAUUCACCGGUUCAACAAUCCAUCCUCGUUACAACCGAUGGCGCCGCUAACGAACAUAAACGAUAAUAACGAAUGGUGUUGGGAUCGCCUAAAGAGUCUGGAUUAAUCUUGAGAACACUGGUAAUGAAAAGCGGACAGAACGACGAUGAAGAAACAACCGUUUAGCAGUUUGGACCAUGAUAAAAAUGAUUUGUUGGUGUAAGAGCAGAAAACGCACUGCGGCAACUGUAGAAAAAUCAACACAUCAUUUCCUCAGGAUAAUUUUAUAAUGUGGUGUACAUAAAAUAGGCAUAGAUACCCUAAUAUUAUAGGUAAUAUGAAAUACAUAGAGUUCCCCGCGGUUUAAUUUUAAGGUGCUUGAUCAAUUGUGGGUUAAUGCUAAUUGUAAUCGUUUUAUGUUCAUUUCCCCUAUCAUUAAAAUAUGAAGACUAUAGUGCAGGCCAACUCAACAUUUUUAAAUCGCGGACCAAAUGCUGGAAUACAUAAAUUUUAUUUUAAACUGGAGCCAGCUUUUACGCGGUGCGUUUUUAACGUUUUUUCAGUCUUCUUAUCUAAAAGUAAACACUUCUGAUUUUGGUGUUUCCACAUUUUUACAAAAGCGUACUAUACGGCCCUGUGCGGCAUAACAGUCCCAUUAGCAUUAGCGAAAAUGAGUUAAACGUUGGAAUCGAUUGUCAAGUACCAUCACUUUACUAUGUACACGAGAAGUUUCUUUGUUCAGAAAAUGUCGCGAAAAAUACCAAAACUUUGUUGUCCCAUCCAUAAGAGCCCAUGGAUAAAAAAAUCUUCAACAGCGUUUUUCUCAGCUUGCUGACAACUAUGCUGAAAAGGGCAGUAUUGUAAUAGUGGUACAAAAUAUCGAUUUUGUUCCACCCCACUCAAUCGAUUUCAAAUCAGUUUCUGAUCAUUAAAAAAAUCAGCUCAUUUGGAUGCAAACUCGUACUGCUCUGACCCUUUGAAGUGUAUAUGGAAUUUACUAUGGAAAAGUUUUCUUUUUUGUACUCAUCCUUUUUUUUCGCCAUAUGAUAUACGGAAAAGUUAGCUAUCUAUACUUAUGUGAAAUUUUCAGAGCUACCGUGCAAGCACCAUAUUGUGAAGAGCUCCAUAUUAUGAACGGCAAAACGCACUUAAAAUGUUUGAACAUUAAUUGAAAUAACGUUAUAUUCCUUUACUUGUGUUGUGUAUAUCUUCAUUACAAAAAAAGUCUGAUUCACUUCAAUAUUUGACGAAAAAAUGUAAAUAAAACAAAUAACACGCUGGAGUUAAAGUAUUGAUCAAAAUAUGUUAAAUAUAAAUAAUUUCACUACACUUUUGCCUGAUAUUAACAAGUCAGUUAUUUUCUACAUCUAUCGAUGGUUUCAGUUAGUGAAAUCUCGUAAAUGUGUUUUCACACUUUUCCCACUUUGUGCCUUAAUACUGAACUUUUAAAAAGCCACACAAAAAGAGUACAGUUUGCGACUUUUUGUAGCUGGUAAAGGCGUUUCCAAUAAAACCUGAAUUUCCCAUCUACAUACAUCAUUUGA